CGUGCCUCAUGUUCCGGCUAAAGGAGACCCUGUCGCACCUUCACCAAAUGGCAGAGAUGAGGAAAAUAUUCAAGCUGCAACCAACAAAGAUGAUGCACUUGGCCCUAUUCUUCUACAGCCUUGCACACAAGAUGAGUUCAUCCAUCGUCCAGCCAUUGCUCCAAGGCCACAAAGACUUACAAAACGACCAGCCAGGUACGUGUCCCCUUUCAAAGGCGAUCCACAAAGAGCUAAAGCUCCACAGUUAACAGCACAUGCUGUUAGGAAAAAGUUCAGAACUGACAUGAAGUGCAAAAGCGAUAUUUUCAUCCGCACCGGCUUGAGAGAAUUUAGUGGAUUAGAUAUAGAGGAGUCUUUCCUUGAUGGCGAGAUGCUUUCCACUCAGUUCAUGUCAUACCUUGUGGCCUGCAUGAGCUACGAUGAAUGCCACAUGCCUGAUGGUGGUGGGUAUAGGGUCUUUUUAUCUCAAGAGCUUGGGGAAUAUGUCAAUAUUGAGGAAGAUGAAGAGUUCUCUCAGUGGGAAUCACAUCAGGCACUAGCUGUCUUACAGCGAGAUAUUGGAGAUCUUGACGCAACCAAAGUGAAACUAUUCCUUUUGCCGGUUAUGGAGGAGGAGCACUAUACCAUCUACUGCAUCAACUUCAUACAUGACCGCAUUGAUGUAAUUGAUUCUAGUCCAGACGACCACACAGAUUACCACCAAGUCCUUGGUGACCGAAUUAUUCGACGCCUUAAUCUCCUGUUUCAGUUGGUAACAGAUUUUGAAAUGAAGCAAUUUACCAGAUUCAAACGUCCUAUCAUUGUUCCAUGUAUGCAUACGGACGAUAAUGAUUGUGGAUUCUAUGCCAUCAAAUCCAUGGAGCUAUGGAACGGUGACUCUUUCCACGUUCCAAUCCUAACAGAAGACAUUCGGCAAUAUAGGUCCCAGCUCCUAUUCUACGGCAUCUACCAUCCAAUCAACGAGAUCAAGAAGCUCCCUGGUGGUCUAGAAGCACACAGGCGUCGCAUGUGAUCCUAGUGGACUAGGAACAUGUUUACUGU